AUGGAUGCGAAUAAUACUCACAAUCAAAAUUAUUGGUUUGUUGUUCGUGAUGAUCACAGUAAUGUUAUUUUCUCCAGUAAUAAUUUCACCAUUCAAAAUCCACAAAUUGCAGGUCAGGAAACAAGAUAUAUUGUGGACACCACUGAAAACCGCCAAUAUAUGCAAGUAGACAGUAUACCUCAGACUCUACAUGAAGAGCCAACUAAGGAUAGUGUUGUAUGUAAAGAGACAAUUCCUGUUAAGGAUGAAAUUUUUUGGGAUAAAAAUAAAGUUAAACUUCUAUUGACUUUAUGCCUCCAAAAUGGACAUAAUUCAUCAACAAUUGAUCAAAUUGAUUGGACAGAAAUUGCAGCUCUUUUAGGAACCACUCCAGAAGAAUGUGAUAAAAGAUUUCGAAGCCUCCGCAGAAUUUACAUUAGGUUAAUGAAAAAGAAAGCAAUGGGAAAGGAUAUUAAGUGGAAGUACUUUAGUAUAUGUGAAGAAUUUUUUAAAGACUGCAAGCCCUUAUCUGCUGUGUUGGAGCCGUGGGAGGAUUCAAAAAUUAGGCAACUUUUAAAUCUCUAUAUUGAUAAUAUAAACAAAUUUAGAGACCCAAAUUACUUACAAAAGGAUGUAUGGAAAGAAAUAGCUUCCCAGUUACAUACCACAGAAUAUAACUGCUACCAUAAAUUUAAAAGUCUAAAGAGAACUUACAUUAACUGGCUUCAAAGGAGUCGAGAAACUGGAAAAUUAAUCAAAUGGACUUAUCAUCAGUAUUUUGAACAAAUAUAUUAUAAUUAUAACCCAAAUGUAGGACCCUGGGAUAGGAACAAAAUUAGAGUGCUUAUAAAUGCUUAUGCAGAGAUAGCUCAUAUGUUUAAAAACCCAAAAUUUCAGAAAAAAGAACUGUGGAGAGAAAUAUCUAGAAAGGUCGGUGAAAGUCCAAGCAGUUGUGACAGAAAAUUUAGAAACAUGAAACAAACAUAUUUAAGACUAAAAAUGCGCUUUGACAUGGGCCGCUCCAUAACAAAAUGGAAAUAUUACAAAGAGUUUUCAUCGAUAUUUGAAAAUGAGUCUUAUUCAGUCACUGAUGAUGGACAGGAGAUCAUAUAUAGAGCUGGUGAACAGGACUAUGUAAAAGAGUUACUUAAUUUUUAUUUAGAGAAUAAGGAUAAAUUCUGGGAUCCACUUGUGAAAAAAAAGCCUCUAUGGAGAGCUAUUGCAUCAAAAAUUGGUUUAACACCCGGGGAUUGUGAUAAAAAGUUUAGAAAUUUGAAACAGACUUACUUGCGAAUGGUGGAUCGAAAACAAUUAACUGGAAAAAGCAGUACAUGGCCAUACUAUUCAUACUUUGAAAGAAUAUAUAACAACGAGCCUAAGUUAAUAAAAAAAGAAUGUAAACACUCCUGUAUGGAUAAUGUCACCUUAAAGGAAAUCACAAGUAUUGUGAAAAAUGUUCAUGAAAUUAAAGACAGAGAUAAAUUUGAAAGACUUGUAAAAGUCAUGGAAGAUUCAAAUAAUAUUCAAAGGGAACGAAACAGAAUUUUACAAGCUCUGCUUGAUAAAAAGUAA